CUCAAUUGUUCUGGUAUAUGUAUCAUGCAGCGCUGUGAGAUACUCACGUCUGCUGGAGCGUAGCAGACGAUCUCCCAAGGCGGGAACUUCCGCGUGCGCGGUUAUGCUCACGGGAUACACGAAAGGAAACACAACCAUCCAUUUGGAAGAUGUCACUCCAGUGGACAGGGCUCGUUGUUGGGGCCUACUUUAUAGCUGUUGUGAUCACGUCGGGGGCUGAGGAAUAUGUUGUCCGAGACACAGCUUAUGGACAAGUCAGAGGCAUUGUUAAAACUGUGCUGGGUUCCAAGAAGGUUGAGCGAUAUUUUAGGGUCCCGUUUGCUGCACCACCUGUGGGAGAACUGCGAUUCGAGAACCCUGAGGAACCAAAGUCAUGGGAGGGAAUUCUGAACGCCACAGUCAAGCCUCCAGCGUGCCCCCAGACAGAAUCAGAGUGGUCUUAUGUUCACAUGCACGUCCCUGGGUACACCGACAGCGACGAAGACUGCCUCUACAUCAACAUCUACGUUCCACAGACAGGUGGCGCUGACAGCAAGAUGGCGGUCCUUGUGCACAUUCAUGGUGGUUCAAACGAAGUCGGCAUGGGAACGAUGUUCGAUGGCGACGUUUUGGCAGCUCUUGGAGAAAUUAUUGUUAUUAAUUUUAAUUACAGACUCGGGCCAUUCGGGUUCCUGAGUGGCGAGCGACCAGAGUUUCCGGGGAACUAUGGGCUAAUGGAUCAGACUGCAGCGCUCAAAUGGGUAUCCAAAAAUAUUCAUUUUUUUGGAGGUGACCCAACCAAGGUCACCGUGGAAGGUCACAGUGCGGGAGGAGGAAAUGUCGGUUUUCAUGUCGUGUCACCUCACUCAAAAGGACUGUUCCGGUACGCCAUCCUACAGAGUGGGUCACCGACGGCUUACUGGGCCCUCCUCCGGCCUCCUGCUAAUGCCAUCUUCAGAACAAUUCGCUUUGCCGAGAAACUUGGCUGUUAUGCCGAGCAGGAUAUGCAGAAACUGAAGCAGUGUCUGAAGACCAAAGACUGGAAGGACAUCAUAAAGGAGGAAUAUGAUUACGUGCCAGGGAUGUACAACUUCUCCCCCGUCAUCGAUCAGCAGUUCCUACACAGUGACCCAGAGACACUUCUGAAAGACGCCGACUUGAACGGCGAAGUCUUCAUGACAGGUGUUACCCGAGAUGAAGGGUCGCUUACAGCUGUCAGGGUUAACGAGAAAAUGGAUAUUAAGCUGACGCCGUGGUUUGUGGAAGCCGUCACGACAAUUGACAUCGAUAUAGACCUUGUUGUCCACGAAUAUAAACCAUGGAAAGACCCUGAUAAUAAGACGGCUAACAUCAUCGGACUCUCUGACGUUGUUGGUGAUUCAACCUUUGUUGCUCCCGCCAUUGAUGUCGCAAAACGUCUAGCGCAGAGGACAAAGAACGUAUAUUUUUACUCAUUUGAGUAUCACUCUCAAGUUUCCAUGAAACCAUCAUGGCUGGGUGUACCCCAUGGGCGAGACCAGUUCUACCUGUUUGGCUACCCUUUUACUGGACACCCUCUGUACGUAUACACUGAGGAGGACAGGCAGGUUAGCAAAGUCCUCAUCAACAUGUGGAGCAAUUUCGUGAAAAAUGGGAGACCAUCCUUAACUACUGGAGAUAAUCAAAUAGAUUUCGAAGCUUUUGACGCUCACAACCAAACCUAUAUGAAAAUCAACGGCAUUGAAGGCAACGGGACAAUAACAACAGACCAGAGACUACGUCCCCGCCAGGUGGCGUUCUGGAACUCACUGCUUCCGCGAAUGCGCAAUAAAGAACCGGAAGUGAAGACAGAAGCAUAUGGAACAGUAACAUGGGUUUUAAUCGUUCUAUGCGUUAUCUUGUUUAUAUGUAUGGUUGUAAGUAUUGCGUGCGCUGUACAUAUUCGCCGUCAUAAUUCACCACCAACCUAUGCAGUAUAACGUAAUCUGUUAAUAGGGAACUUGGUAGUACAUCUUUAUCAACGGUUUUCAUCAUUAUCAGUGCAUGCGCUCAAUGUGCCAUAUGUUGUUAUGCAGAGAUUAAAAAAAGCAAAAGUAAGAAAUGUAGCGUGCGUCUUGAUAGUUGUAUGUGGCGUCUUUCAGUUCCUUGUUCAUUUGAUAUAUAGGUUAUAUAUGGUUAUUCCAAUAGUUAAACGCGGAUUUAUAGAAACAUCGUAGAAAAGUAGGUUAAAAGCCAUAUGUAUAUACAAUAUAUGAUUAUCAAGGUAUGGACUGUAGGCCUACAUCUGAAAUGUGUUUUUCCUUAAGAUCGCUUUACAUCUGCAGUGGAAAUGAACCUGAGAAAAUAAAUGCAAAGCAGAAGUAAAAGCAUAACUUUGCAGUUUGUUUAAAUGCUAUUCUCAUAUUCUCUUAUGUAAGUGUGUGUUCAUCAUCUGUAUGGGGCUAAAGUUCUCCCGAUAAACAGAAAUGAUAACUAAGAACUUGAUCACAGUUACUGGUGAACUGUGUUUCAGCAUUACUCACAAAAGCAAUAUUCUACUUGUUCCAUGUUUUGAUUGUUUGCGUCCUCGCUCAGAAAUAUCAAUAAUCAUUAAUAAUUAAUUGCUAAUUUCUGGUAUAAGAACUGAUAUGAUACCUUAUUGUUCAAUAUGUUCUGACCUUAAACAAUCCCAUAUAUGGUGGGAACAGGACGUCUCUCUAACGCCCGUUGGGUAGCCUAGUGGUUAAAGCGUUCACUCGUCACGCCGAAGAACCGUGUUCGGUUCCUCACAUGGGUACAAUAACUGAAGCUAUGCUUCUGGUGUUCCCCGCCGUGAUAUUGCUAAAAGCGGCGUAAAACUAAACUCACUCUCUCUUUUAUAGACAUACACUUUGAUCACAAUGGGUGUUAGUUUUAGAAAAAGCAGCAUUUUUGAAUUAUGUUUAGAACUUUAAGUCAUUAAUAGUCUGGACUUGUACUGGUGAACCAAUCACUACGACUAAAAUGCGUUACAUAUUGAAAGUGAGAAUCGCUUUAAAAUAAGUAGUAAUAUUGAACGUCUACUGUUAUAACUGUCCAUACAAUCACCAUUUUAAUAUAACCACAUGUACAUAAACAUGUUUUUAUAGUGUUUUAUUAACAUUUCAUGACCGUCAUUGUUGAACCGUGAAAGACAUGCCAUGCUGCCUCAGACAGAAAUAAAGCAUCUUGAAAGUGUGUGGCAACAUGCAGUUCUUUUGCGGUUCCAACUGCAAUGUCAAUAUCGCUUGUGGUGUGUCCCUCUUUGGAUUGUACAUGUGAACGUUGUAUCACAAAAUCAGUUUCUUCCACCAAUCGUUGUAGUAUUUGAGACAGGGAGGCUGUACCCAAAGGUAUUGUGCGGGUGUUUUAAUUCUAGGUCUGGUUGUUGUAUUGUUAUAUUGGGAUGUUCCUAAAAUGGCUAAAGGAGAAUUUGUAUAGUCCUUUUAUCGGGAACUAGCCCAUUUACCUACGGUACUCAAACUUAAAACGAUUGCCUUUGCUUAUUGCCACAUAACAUCUGUUGUAGAGUGUUUAGUCCCUUUUUCACGUCUAUUUGAUAAACGUUUAGUCCACAUUUUACCUUACCAAGAUAUUUGGGUCACAUUAAAAACCUUGCGGCUGUCUGUCUGCUGGAUUGUGUUAAAGUCGUCGGUCUUAGGGGAUAUAAACUUAUAUUGGAUCUCUGCCCCACAUCUUUCUAAUUGAAUUUCACAGGUACACAGAAAAGAUAAGCUGGAUAGCCUCAUACGUGAUUUACAUAAGUUUAUGUAACCGAAAGGUGAAGAGACCUGAUAUUGUCGACUAUACUUGCCGUUGUUAAAUGGCAGGGUAAAGUUUCAGGAUGCCCUGUAAUGGAGUUUUGUUGUACCCGCAUCCAUGGUUGUUCGUAUGCCGGCGAUUUGUGUUUUACUUACUCAAAGUAUGAUUAUAUAUGUGUCAUUAUAUUCAAGUGAAGCUUAAACAGAUAUUGCAUGUGUAGUUUCGGAUUGUAAAAUCGUAAUUUACUAAGUAUGUAAUGAUAAGAUAUGUCACUUACUUCUAGUGUUGAGGGUAUUGAAACAGUAUGCCGAAGAACAUUGAUAGCAUCAUAUUCCAAUGUUUUACAGUUAAAGAAAUUAAUGCAUUUUCGACAUCUCUUCUGAGAGUAGAAGGUCUAUAGAGCUGAACUAUGUAUUAAUGAUUUCAGAAAUGGUUUUCUAAAUGCAUCUCCCAGAAGGCCAGUCCGACUUUAAACAUAGCUGCGGGUCGGUGGGUUAGGCGAGUUGUUAGAGCGUUUGCUCGUCACAGCGAAGACCCGGGUUGGACACACUGGUACACACAUGUGUGAAAGUCAUUUCUGGUGUUCGUGAUAUUGUUUCAAUGUUACAAAAAGCGGCGUAAAGUCAGACUCACUCACCUAAUUAAACACGGUUGCCAUUAUUUCUUUAUACCGUACCGUCAAGUAGUAAUUUGAGACUUGAAAGAAAUGUUUCUGAAUGAUAUACUGUUGUGCUGACAACAUGAUGGCGACACACCAUCGAAGUAACGUUUGCUUCUGAGUAGAGAUGAAACAUUAAAGUAGUUUCCAUAAUGGUACCAAAUAUAAUUCUUGACAGUUCGUGUGUAAUUUGUUCAGUCUUCAUGUUUUAUUCAUUCAUAAAGUUAUCAAUAUUACAACGUGUAAUGAGUCACUGAGAAUGGUUUUACGCCGCUUUUAGUAACAUUCCAGCAAUAUGGGCUUCACACAUUGUACCACUGUGGGGAAUGGAACCCGGAUCUUCAGCGUGACGAUGGCCCAGAUGGUAAGGAUGCUUGGUAAGGCUUGUAUACUAUCAUAUCUCUAUGGUUACAGCAUUGUUUCAUUACACUUGUUACCACGCACAACUUUUAUUCGUUUAAUGUCUUGUCUAUUUUUUUUUAUGGAUAACAUUUGGCUAUUCAAACUACUGAUCCCUCUUGUCUCUUUUGUUAUUAAACGAUCAAUCUUCUAGCUAGUAAACGUAUAUGUGGAUUAAACAUUUAUGAGUAUACUUAAAUAGGCAGAAUGUGGUAUAUGCACUAUUCUGUAGUUUUGACCUUCUGACUUUACAUUUUACAUGGCAAUUCAAAACGACUUGUCUCAGAUAUGGAAGUACUAGGCGAAAAGACUCCUAUCACUCUAUCUGUUAAUGAAAUAUGAUAGACACUGCAUGUAAUAGUAUAACAGAUGCUGUGACACAGCUGAACAUAUGUACAUUUACAAGACCUCAUACAUGCAUUUGCACCGUUUCAAAUGUUUUUAUUGUCUCUUUCUUAUUUUCAAAUCAUUUAUAUUUUGUCCUGACCAAAAACAAAUAUUCGACAAAUAAGUUUUCAAGUGAGCUUCUGUACCUCACGGCUCCACUACUUGGACACGUACAAUUUCUUAUUUUUCUACUUUACUUCAUAAAAAUGCUUAUGUUAUAUACAUAGAAUAAACAUUUCUGGACCGUUA